UUUAUUAUUAGUUGACAAAUUUUGCCAGCCUAUAAAAAGUUGCAGAACAUGCAAGGAAUUUCUAAGUAUAAUAACGAAAUUCGAACUAGAAUCAUCGAAAAUGUGGUCAAAAAAAGUUAGAAAAUUAAAUGUAUUUCUAUUAUUGAUGGUCCUAGUAAAUAUCUCCCUAGGUGAAACUACGCUGGACCCAGCCGACCAGAAUCAAGAGCCUAAUGGAAAUGCAGAAAUUGUGGAACAUUUAAAUUCGAUUGAUGGAAGUGGAUUGGCCGAAGAUGAAGCUGCAAUAGUAACUGAGGCUACAAAUGAAUUGGAAAAUCCUUCUGAAUCUGUAACAGAAUCUGCUGAAAAUGUUCAGAAUACAGAAUCCCCCCAGAAUGACUCGUAUAGUACGGAAACAAUAGUUGAAACAACAACAAAUCAAAUAGAAUGUGUUUGUGAUUGUACUGCUAAUGGUAAUCAAGUUUCAGUUGGUUGUUCUACCCAAACACCAGAAGUGGUAAUAACAGAAACUACACAACAAACGAAAGAAAACACUUCCACUAACAAUGACUCCACAUUGCCGAACACUGAAACUAACAAGUCAAACAUUGAAGAGGAAACUACAGAAACUGCUAUUGAAUCUAAUGCAGAACAAACAACAGCCGAACCAGAAACAACAACAACAACAGCAGCUCCUCCAAUUUGUUCCACUCCCGGUAUACAGGCUAAUGAGUUAAAUUGCCAACAAUAUAACCAUUGUUCUUUGGAAGGAUCUCUUGAUGGCAGCUUUCAUUUACUUACAAAAUCUUGCCCCGAAAAACAAGCUUUCAAUAUUGAACUUAAUCGCUGUAGUCGUGAUAUCUCUUCUUGUUCCCUGCCCAUUCAGUGCCUAGUUAAAGGUGGAAUAGCUGAUCCUGCUAGCAAUUCUUCAUAUUAUCUAUGUGAACCUCGUCUAAUUGGUGUUGGUUUUCGUAUUUUUCAUAUUGAUUGCGCUUCUCAUGAAAUCUUCUACCCUGAGUUGGGUAAAUGUUUUAUAGACUUUAAUAAUUUACCCAGCCAGGAUGUGCCGCUCUUUGGAUGGAAUCAAAUCAGAGAUAUUGAUAUUGUUAAAGCAGAAUUGAAGCUAUUAAAGGAACAGGAUAAACUACAACUGAAACUAGAAAAAGAACGUCUAAAGGCAGAAGAAAAAUUACAAAAAGAAUUAGAAAAAGAAGCUAAAAAGAAAGCGAAGGAAGAAGAGAAAAUCAACAAAGAAAAAGCCAAGGUGCAAGCCGCUAGUAUUGUAUGUGUCCAGGAAGGUAAUUUUGCCUCUGAAAUUGCAGAGAAUAUUUAUUAUGCCUGCAUUACCAAAAAGGGUAAAUUGAAGCCUAUUCCCAUGCAGUGUGGUUUCGGAGCAACAUUUAGUGCAGCAACUGGCACCUGUAUCAGCAGUUUACCCAACGUUAACGCUAGUGUUAGCGAUGAUGAAGAUGACGAUGAUUAAAUUAAUUUAUUAUUUUUUUUAAUUAUUCAAUUUAUGGUGUGUUCAAUUUGUUUUUAAUAAAUUUUUUAUUAAUAAUAAACGUUUUGAAAUCUAGA